AUGGACAAGUACUAAUUGGUUAAAAAUCUUGGAGAUGGCACCUAUGGAACAGUAUUCAAGGCUAUCAAUAAAGAAAAUGGUGAAAUUGUUGCUAUCAAAAAAAUGAAAAGAAAGUAUAGAAAUUGGGACGAGUGCAUGUCUCUGAGGGAAGUUAAAUCGUUACGUAAAAUGAAUCACCCAAAUCUUGUCAAGCUAAAAGAAGUCCUCUAGAUAAAAGACGAGCUUAUGCUUGUUUUUGAGUAUGUAGAUCUCAAUUUAUACUAAAUGUACAUGACUUACAAAGAGAAGAAAACUUAAAUUCCUGAGUCUGUUAUAAAAAAAAUAAUUUAUCAAAUAGCGUUAGGCUUGGAUUCACUGCAUAACACAGGAUACUUUCAUAGGGAUCUUAAGCCUGAAAAUCUAUUGGUUAACAUGUCAUCAUUAAACGUAAAAGUUUGCGACUUUGGACUUGCAAGGGAGGUUAGAUGCCGUCCUCCUUUUACUGAAUACGUCUCUACUAGAUGGUACAGAGCACCAGAAAUACUUUUACAUAGCUAGAAUUAUAAUUCUCCGAUUGAUGUAUUUGCUUUAGGGUGCAUUAUGGCGGAAUUAUAUAAUCUUCAGCCAUUAUUUUCAGGUUAAAAUGAAGUAGAUUAAUUUUAUAAAAUAGUAAGUGUAUUAGGCACACCUUAAAAUUGGAAUGAAGGAGCUAAAUUAGCCCAAAAACUGUAGUUAACAAUACCUAAAAAGGAGCCAUUGCCUUUACCAUAAGUAGUGCCUAGAGCUUCUCUUGAUGCACUUUAACUUCUAGGUGAUAUGCUGCAAUAUGAUCCAAUGAAACGUCCUACAGCAAUUUAAAUUACAAAAUAUCCUUAUUUUGAUGAUAUAAGAAAAGAAAAUUCAGAUAGUGGAAGCUAAGUUUUUAGUCAUUCUAACCUGCAAGAAGCACACUCAGGAAAUGCAUUAACUUAACAAAAAUCUAAUCACACAUUAAGCAUUACAAAUAUUCCUAAUAAAGUUAGCGAGAAUGCUUAUAAAGAAAUAAAGAAUCCAUGGUUUGUAAACAAUUAGUAAUCAUAUUAAUAACAGUAAUCAGUUUUAAAUGAAAAUAAUUUUGCUAAAAAGUAAAAUACCCAAUCAUAUCAAAGCUUCAAUACUCUUAAUUUAAGUAAGCCUUAAAAUCCUUUCUAACAGUAUAAAGAUGAAUUUUUAAAAAACUAAAAUAUCUACUCUAAACAGCAUGUAUAAGAUUCUAAUUAUGCUAAGAGAGCUGCAAAUUAAUUAUUAUAUGAGUAGUAGUAAUCAUAGUAAAACCUUAAUCCUGCUUCAACUACUAACUACCAUUUUGCAAGUAAGUCGAAUUUAAAUGGAGCUUAGAACUCUGGAUUACCGUUUGGAGGAACAUUAGAAAGACCUCUUAAUUUUAACAAUUAAUAUGAUCUUUAGAAAGUGAACAGAAGAUAAAAUAAUUUGCUGAAAAAGAAUUAUGAGAAUUUUAACUCUAUUCAAUCUAACAAUGAACCAUAAUAUUUCAAUCAACAAAAAUAUAGUGAUUUAUAGAGCUCAUUAGACAAUCAAGCAGCAGCUUUUUUCAAUUAAUUUAAUAAAGUUUAGGUUAGCAAUAAUAACUAUUAAAAUUACCAUAACAAUAAGAACUCUUCUUUGCCACCAGAAUAUAGAAAUGUCAAUAAUGAAGCUGAAUCUUAAUAACUGAAUAAAAUGUUUGAAGAUAAGCUAAAUUGGGCAUUUUGA